AUGGAAGCCGAAGACAAAUCAGACACAGCAAUCCUGAAACAAAUGAAAGCAGAUCUCCUUAAAUUUGAGAGGAAGAUCGAAGAGGACAAACAAAAACGAGAAGCCCGCAAGGCAACUAUCGCCAGGCGUCUCAAGGAAGCAAUGGAAACCCGCAAGGCAAUCCAAGAUGCGAAUCAGCAAGAACGGGAGCAAACCCGUCGAGAAGCUUCGCAGGAACAUCGAGUAAUCUCCACCAGGGAGCCCACUCCACCAAAGCAAGCGGCACCAACGAAUCAGAUAAACUGGCAACAGAUGUUCCUCCAGUUUCAACAACAGAUGAACCAACAAAUGCAGCAAACGCAACAACAGAUGCAGCAACAAAUGCAACAAACACAGCAACAAAUGCAGCAGUUCCAGCAAACAAUCCUCCAGAAGCUUGGACCAGCACCUACGACAAGUCAGGCCAUGCCCGAACAUGAGUGCUAA